AUGAAUGAGUUAGGAGACGAUGUAGACAAGGAGCGGCCCUCUUUCAUUUGGAUAGGUGACGAAAUGUCUCACCGCAAGUUUUCGGCUCCGCGCCACGGCUCCCUGGGCUUUUUGCCCCGCAAGAGGAGUCGCCGUCACCGGGGUAAGGCCAAGAGUUUCCCCAAAGACGACCCAAGCAAGCCCGUCCACUUGACCGCUUUCCUGGGCUACAAGGCCGGCAUGACACACAUAGUGCGCGAGGUGGACCGACCUGGAUCAAAGGUGAACAAGAAAGAAGUAGUGGAGGCCGUCACCAUCGUGGAGACUCCCCCCAUGAUUGUGGUUGGUGUGGUGGGCUAUGUCGCCACCCCCCGCGGCAUGCGCUCCUUCAAGACUGUGUUUGCUGAGCACGUCAGCGACGAGUGCAAACGGCGCUUCUACAAGAACUGGUACAAGUCCAAAAAGAAGGCCUUCACCAAGUACAGCAAGAAGUGGCAGGAUGAGGAAGGCAAAAAGCAAUUGGAGAAGGACUUUGCCGCCAUGAAGAAGUACUGCCAGAUCAUUCGCAUCAUUGCUCACACGCAGAUGCGUCUGCUGCCCUUGAAGCAGAAGAAGUCCCACCUGAUGGAGGUGCAGCUUAACGGAGGUACCGUGGCCGAUAAGGUGGACUGGGCCCGCGAGAAGCUGGAGCAGGCAGUUCCCGUCGCCAAUGUCUUCACCCAGGAUGAGAUGAUUGACGUCAUUGGGGUCACCAAGGGUCACGGAUACAAAGGCGUGACAAGCCGUUGGCACACCAAGAAGCUUCCCCGCAAGACCCAUCGUGGCCUGCGUAAGGUUGCGUGCAUCGGCGCCUGGCAUCCGGCCCGUGUGGCCUUCUCGGUGGCCCGUGCCGGUCAGAAGGGCUACCACCAUAGGACUGAGAUCAACAAGAAGAUCUACAAGAUUGGGCAGGGUUACCACCAGAAGGACGGCAAGCUGGUGAAGAACAACGCCUCCACAGAGUACGAUCUGUCCAACAAGAGCAUCAACCCUCUGGGUGGUUUUGUCCACUACGGCGAAGUCACCAAUGACUUUGUCAUGGUCAAAGGUUGUGUGGUCGGAACCAAGAAGAGAGUUCUGACCCUCCGCAAGUCUCUUCUGGUCCAGACAAGCCGUCGUGCUUUGGAGAAGAUAGACCUGAAGUUCAUCGACACCACCUCCAAGUUUGGCCACGGCCGUUUCCAGACCGUGGAGGAGAAGAAGGCCUUCAUGGGACCCCUCAAGAAGGACCGUCUCAUCAAGGAGGAGACCGCGUAA